AUGGCCCCUUACUUCACGGCGGAUAAGGAAGAAGAGUUUAAAGCUGUGCACAAACUUUUCGGCGUGAGCAACAUGUCGAAGUUGCUUAAGCAACUAGAGGACCAAAAUCACAGGACUCAGGCUGUAGCUUCUUUCGUAUGGGAAGCCUAUAUGUGGAAGCAGGAUCCUAUUGCCGGCCCUCGAGGCAGGUACAAGGCUUUAGAAGAGGAGUGUGUAUAUCUCAAAAGCCUAUUGAAAUCGAACCGGCCGCAACAGGAACCGGUGGGGGUUGUAGACCAAGGAAGUACCAAAGGCGAAGUCGAAUUCGAAGGAGGAGGAGUACCCAUUUAUGGAAGGGGUUUGAAUUAUGGUUAUCCUGAUCAAACUUUAGGGUUACAUCAUGGGUGUACCUCUAGUUUUACUUCUCUACUACAAGGGCAAGACACUGAAAGCAGAAAGGCUCUAGCAGAUUGUGUUUCUGUUGCUUCUACUACUUACCCAACGCCUUUGUCCCAAGUGAGAGGGUUUCAAGACCAAAGGAGGAGCGGCAUGGAGUCAUUCAACUUUUUUCAUCAGUACCCAACAUUUCAAGGAAGUAAUGUCAAUCAUAACUAUAGGCCUAUACAAGCUCAAGGAAGAGGGAGAGGAACUGGAGCUGGAGGAAUAAUGACAGAUUGUGCAAGAACCUGUAAUGGGCUUGUAGUCUAUGACCCUCAUACUGGGCAGGUACAAAAAAGAGAAAUUGGCGCAAUGGUGCCCCAAGUUGGCCCUAUUCUUAGUGGCCAUAGGAGAAGUACGAAUCAAAGAUUUUCACCUUAUGACCAGCAUAACCCUAUUCAAGUGCCAAGACAAGCGAUGAGGCAGCAAGAUCAAAACCAGCAAAACUUUCCAGCACAGCAUCAGUGGAAUACUAAUUGCCAGAAUUGCGAUAAUUUUCAAGUACAUAUCUUGGGGAGGAAUAGGCAGCUAGCAAUGGUUUUAGCUUCCCAGAACGAGCUUCCAUUGAAUGAGAACGACUCGCAAGACAUGGUCAUAUGCCAAGCUCUAAACGAAGCCAUGGCUCUGAGUCGCUCAUCCUUGCCUGAAACACACCAAAUCCCGAAUCACCAAUCGACUUCAAAUGGCCUCAAACCUGUUAAGAACGUCGGAAAGAAGCACUAUAGAGGCGUAAGGCGUCGUCCAUGGGGUAAAUACGCAGCUGAAAUCCGCGACUCUGCGCGACACGGUGCACGUGUAUGGCUAGGCACGUUUAACACGGCCGAAGAAGCUGCCUUGGCAUAUGAUCAAGCUGCUUUUCGAAUGAGAGGUACCAAGGCCAUACUCAACUUUCCAGCUGAAUUUGUUGCUUCGUUGUCAAUACAAAGAGUUGCGCCAAGCUUUAAUGUACCCAGUUGCUUAAAUAACAGUACUGGCACAACCAUGGAGGCACCAGAAACAUCAGAAUCUGAGAGGAAAACAAGUACUACGGUGGAGGCACCAUAUAUGUAGCGUCAGAUCACCUAGAGAGGUUUCGAUUUCAGGUUCUUAAUUUUCAAUGAAGGAUAAAGGAUUGCAGGCUUGAUAUUAGUUUUUCUUCCUUUGACAAGCUACUUUCUCUUUUAGUCAAAGCACGUGUAUAGACUAAACAGAGAGUAGUGUUUCAUAGUUUGUGUAGGCCAACAACAAAGCGUGCACAAAUGUAUUUUAUUAGAUAUUUCAUAUUUGUGAAUUGUGACGGUCAGCAUUCUCAGCAAAGUUUGCAACUACGCAUAUUUUGAACAUUUUAUACAAUUUUAGAAAUUACGAAUCA